GGGUCUUCAAGAAAAAUCAGUCAGGUCAUGUUCAUGUUCCCUCUGCGACUGGCCUUCGUGCUUCUCUUGAAGGGAAGGAUCAUGGCUGAUCCCCAGGGUUCAGAUUCCAACAAUCCCUGUGCUGGUUAGGAGAUCCAAGACAUACCGAAGCCAGUCCUCUUUCCCUCACAAACCCUGAAACACUUCUAGUCUCCUCCACAAUGGCUGACAAACAGGGAAACGUCAAGAGAAAGGAGACCACCAAGAAAAAGGAGGGCUCAAAGGCACAGGAGAAGGCCAAACCAAAGGAGAGCUCAAAGGCACUGGAGCAGGCCAAAGCAAAGGAGAGUUCAAAGGCACAGGAGAAGGCCAAACCAAAGGAGAGCUCAAAGCCAGAGGAGAAUGCCAAGCCAGAGGAGAACUCCAAGGGUCCUGAGGACUCGGAGAACCCUGAAGACAAGGUGGAAUUAAUGGAGCUGCCUCCCUUCCAAGUCAUUACAGGGGAUCGCAUCUCGUCCUUUUUUUUCAAAUUCCAGUUCAGAAACGUGGAGUACUCCUCCGGCCGCAAUAAAACGUUCCUGUGCUACUCGGUGGAUAUCCAGGGUGGCGGAGACGUGGAGACCUUGCGGGGUUACCUGGAGGACGAGCACAUCACUGCGCCGCACGCGGAGGAGGCCUUCUUCACCCUCCUCCUGCCUGAGUGCAACCCUGAGCUGAGCUACCAUGUCACCUGGUACGUGUCCUCCAGCCCCUGCACGGCCUGCGCUGCCAAGAUCGCGGAGGUGCUGCGCAGCCGCAAGGGCCUGCGGCUCACCAUCCUGGUGGCGCGCCUCUUUAUGUGGGAGGAGCCGGAGAUCCAAGAAGGCCUGAGGCAGCUGAGAGCCGCCGGCUGCAAACUGAAGAUCAUGAAGCCAGCCGACUUCGUCUACAUCUGGGAUACCUACGUGGAGCCCGAGGGACAGACGUUCACUCCCUGGGUGGACGCACAGGAGAACUACGAGUACUACGAAGAAAAGCUCUCCGAGAUACUGCAGUGACAGCAGAGGACUGGAAUGCUGUCUGUCCUCGUAACAGGAGUCUGGGCUACCUGACAUCUCACCUCUUCUCUUUCACUCACAAAAUCCACCUUCAGGCACCUGCUUUCCUUCUCUAAGUAUUCUGCAAAUACACUUGUUCUAAUAAUCACAGUAACGCUUUUCUGUUGUGGGGUGGGGUUACAACGUGACUCCUGUAGGUACGGUGGUCCUUUUACAUCAGAGUAGAUCCACCAGUGUGCUUCGCUGUGUUUGAUGUUCCCCUUUGACGUGCCCAAUCCCCCUCUCCAAAGGAGAGCAUUGCUUAACAGUGACACCCGUUACACAGCGUCCUACAGCUGUGGACUUCUGUUCAAACCUCCACUGGCUCAUCCACGAGCUUGGCCAACAAUGUACUCAUGUUCUUGUUCCCUUUUGAAGAACGAUGUGCAACGAAGUACAAAUUUUCCUUCUAGUAUUCGGAUGCACCCAGUUUGUAAACUGACAUGCCCGAUGCUUCUUUUUUUUUCCUGUUGUGCCCCAUAAAGUUUUUAUUAUAUAUUUGUAUGUAUUUUCUGUACACGUCAUCAGCAUAAUCAAUGCAAUCCUCUUUUUUUUUUUUGUCUUUGUUUCCUGAACUCUAACAGAACAGAGGAUGACAUGUAUAAC